AAAGAGUGCAAAAAAGACGACGACGACAACGACCAUCAGCGAGAGGCAGAGAUCCUUCACUUUUCCCCAUCGCAGUCCAUCAUGGCGGCUUUCGUAGGAAGAAUUUGUGGAUCCGGCUUAUUAAAUUCGAAAAAUGGAGUUACCUUGCAGAAGGUACAACAAUUCUCAACGAGCCGACCCUGGACGAGAAGUCAAAAGCUAGCCACGGCCGCUGGUAUUGCCGUAGGAGGUGCCGGUGCCCUGCUGUACGCCCUCGAACAGUCGGUGUCCGCUUCCGGAACUGAGGUACACCCUCCGGAGCUGCCAUGGAGCCACAAGGGUGUGUUCAACUCCCUGGACCACGCUUCGGUCCGACGUGGCUACGAGGUGUACAAGCAAGUUUGCGCUGCCUGCCAUUCGAUGCGAUUCAUCGCCUACCGUAAUUUGGUCGGCGUGUCGCACACCGAAGCGGAAGCCAAGGCCGAAGCUGCCGAAAUUAUGGUUCAAGACGGACCGGAUGAGGCCGGCAACUACUUCAUGCGACCGGGUAAGUUGUCCGACUACUUCCCGAGUCCGUACCCCAAUGAGGAAGCGGCUCGCGCUGCCAACAACGGUGCCUACCCACCGGAUCUGAGCUACAUCGCCCUGGCUCGUCACGGCGGAGAGGACUACCUGUUCGCACUGCUGACUGGCUACUGCGACGCUCCGGCCGGUAUCGUUCUGCGCGACGGGCAGUAUUACAAUCCCUACUUCCCGGGUGGUGCCAUUUCGAUGGCCCAGGCAUUGUACAAUGAGUCCGCGGAAUACACCGACGGAACGCCGGCUUCCGCUGCCCAGCUGGCUAAGGAUGUGUCCACCUUCCUGGUGUGGUCUGCCGAUCCGUGCCACGACGAGCGCAAACGCAUGGGCAUCAAAUCGCUCGGAAUCAUCCUGGUGCUCGGUUCGCUCGCGUACUACCUGAAGCGACACAAGUGGGCCGCCCUCAAGACCCGGAAGAUUGCGUUCUAUCCUAAGGAAAAGUAAUUUUAAAAAGCCGUGGGAAUGUAGGUACGGGUGGUCCUAGUGGUGCCGAUGUGACGUAUUAGGAAAGGAUACACAUGGAGCAGACUGGAAAUUAAGCUGCAGCAACAUCUAUUUAACAAAAACCAAAAAAAACGCAAAUAUGCCGCUAAUUACGAUUAUAUUGUACAAUUAUAUCGAUAUCAGCCACACUGAGACAAAAUAAGUCACUACCAUCAAUAAUUGAAACAUGUAGGUACUGCGCUGAAAAUGUGAUCUUCAGCCAGAAAAGGGCAGUGCUAGCUAACAUCCGAGGGAGGGAGAAACAACAACAACCGGAACGAAAUUCUAUGUAGCCACCUCGAUGAGGAGAGAAGGAACGCAAAUAAAACGACGUGUUGUUAGAAUAAAUCCGUUUUGCGUUAC